GCCUCUCACACUCGUCACCAUAUGACGUUUAGCUGAUAUUAUUCAGCUGACAGCGUCGUGAUAAAGUUAUAUCGAGAGAAGUGGCUACGUUACUAUUGUACAUAUAUUCUUUACCAAAAUUUCCGAUAUUGGAAUCUCUUGUCAAGCAAGUGGAAUAUUUCACAAACUGAGUCUCUGCAAGGAAAAGUUUGUACGAAUAUCCGGAAGUCAACGAAAGUGGGUUUCACAGAAGCAAGAUGAAGGAAAAAGUGAGCUACUCCGACAACAAGGUCGAGAUAAAAACAGCUGAUCUACCACCAUCCUAUGAAAAGGUCAUCUCUGUUGCGAACACGCCACCAAUCAGUAAAGUACGCAUCAUAAAGAAUGCUCUGGUGUUGAGCUUUGGUUUCUUAUGUUUAUUUACAUCGUUCCAGGCGUUGAUGAACCUACAAAGUACAUUGAACCAAGAACAUAAUGUUGGGCUUAUAUCCACAGCGGUAAUUUAUGCAGCUCUUAUUCUCUCAUGCUUAUUUCUACCACCACCAAUCAUAAGUUUUCUCGGAUGCAAAUGGACUGUAGCUUUAAGCAUGGUUACUUACACGAUUUACGUAGCUGGAAAUUUUUACCCGAAAAUGUGGAUGAUGGUUGUAGUGUCCGCCAUUGUUGGAUUAGGAGCAGCUCCUUUAUGGUCAGCAAAAUGUGCAUACCUCACAGAAGUUGGAAUUUGGUACGCCAGAUGGAAAAAUAUCGAUUCAGAUUCUUCGAUUAACCAUUUCUUUGGAGUUUUCUUCAUGAUCUUUCAGUCAUCCCAAAUAUGGGGAAAUCUUAUUUCCUCAUUGGUACUCGGCCAGAAGACUAAUCACCCUUCGGAUUAUAACGCGUCAAGCAUAUCCUGUGGCGCUAAAUAUGAUUUAAAUUCCUCGGGUCCGCCACCAAUUUCCUCUGUGGACGAACAUCAGGUGAAUAUAAUGAGAGGAAUCUAUCUUGCCUGUUGUAUUGUGGCGAUUCUAAUUAUAUGCUUUUUCUUGGAUAACGUUCGUUUGGAGAAAGAAAAAGGACGAAGAAGCUUCAGCAUAAUUUUAGUUAGAGAGACUCUACGACAUUGCUGGUUGUCUAAAGAACAGAAGCUGUUGAUUCCUUUAACAAUAUACAGUGGCAUUGAACAAGCCUUUAUUCUCAGUAGCUACACAAGUGCUUACAUCACGUGUUCGCUCGGUGUGUGGAAUAUUGGUUAUAUUAUGAUCAGUUUUGGUGUGGUUGACGCAAUAUGUUCUUUCUCGUUCGGUAGAAUGGUACAAUGGGUUGGCCAUAUUCCUUUCUUCAUACUUGGUAAGUCAGUUUUAGUUCACCAUGAGACCAAACUAUCAACAGAAAACAAGAAGACUGUUGUCAUAUUUUACGUGGUUUCCGGUUUAUGGGGAAUGGGAGACGCCGUUAUCCAGACCCAGAUUAAUGCGCUCUACGGUUUCCUGUUCAGUAACAACACAGAAGCUGCCUUCGCAAACUACCGUCUCUGGGAAUCCGUUGGCUUCGUCAUGACAUUUCUCUACUCUACAAAUGUGAAUAUCGCUAUCAGACUCUAUAUCUGCCUCGGUUUUCUCUUUUUUGGCAUGUUAGGCUACGCAAUUGUCGAGGUCAUCUUACGAGUGCGCAACAAGAAAUCAUUCGCAGUGACCAAAUAACGAGUUUUUAAAGGAACAAAACUGCGGAAAUAAUCAUCAGGAAAAAACAAAAACAAAAACAAGUGAACAAAGACGUAGACACUAGAAAAAUUAACGUAAAUUUUAUUCAAAACAAACAUAUAGACAUCAGAAAAAGCGACGCCAUGUUUAAAUUAACAAACAACGUUAUUCGAAGAAGUAACGUGAAGUUUAGAAAGAAAAACAUUGAGACCUAAAAUAUUUCACGUUAGAUUGAAAGGAGAAAAUAUGAUGCGAAGGUUUAGGAAAAUAUGAUUCGCGUAAAAUUAAUGCAAUGUCAAAAGUGAUCAAAUAUUUAGACGUAAAAAAUUGACGUUAGGUUUAAAAUCACGAGCACACACACACACACACACACACACACACACACACACACACACACACACACACACACACACACAUACACACACCUGUAUAUGGAUAUCUAUCUCUCUAUUUCAAUCAAUCAGGCUGAGUAAAAAGUAAGCAAUGUUUUGAAACAUGAAAUUCAUCACAAUAUAUUUUAAUAAAGCGGAAAUUUUAUUCAUCGAUGUGAGUACCAUUACAAUCAACACAUUUUUUGCCAAUGAGUUACAGGUUUGUUUAUUCCGGAAACAUAAAAAUCUGGAGUUCUGAUGAACUCUUUGAGCGCACUUUCAGCAUC